AAUGAGCGCGAGGUGGGCGAAGGGAUCCGGCGCAAGAUCGCCGAGGGCGCCGUGGCACGGCCGGACCUCUUCGUGGUCAGCAAGGUGGGCACCGGGCACCCGCGGGAGCCUCCCACGCGGGGCCCUCGGCAUCCUGCCCAAAGCAGGGGCCCACUUUGGUGCACAUUCCACGAGAAGACUCUGGUGAAGGGAGCCUGCCAGAAGACUCUUGAUGCCCUGAAACUGGAUUACUUGGAUCUCUACCUCAUGCACUGGCCCAUGGGGUUGAAGUCAGGAGAGCAGCUGCUUCCUACAGAUGACAAAGGCAUGGCAAUACCCAGCAACACUGAUAUUCUGCAUACAUGGGAGGCCAUGGAAGAGCUGGUGGAUGCUGGUCUGGUCAAAGCCAUUGGAAUCUCCAACUUCAACCAUGAGCAGGUUGAGAGACUCUUGAACAAGCCGGGGCUGAAGCACAAGCCUGUAAAUAACCAGAUUGAAUGCCAUCCAUACCUUACCCAGGAGAAGCUGAUCAACUAUUGCCAGUCCAAAGGGAUUGCUGUGACAGCAUAUUGUCCCCUUGGACGCCCUGACAGGUAAAUUCCAAUCUACAAAAGUGAAGGCUCCUCUGACGUACUUCUCGAUGACCCCAAGAUUAAAGAGAUUUCAGCCAAGCACAACAAAACCCCAGCCCAGGUUGUCCUUCGAUUUCAGAUCCAGAGAAAUGUGGCUGUAAUUCCCAAGUCUGUCACACCACAGCGUAUUGUGGAGAACUCCCAGGUGUUUGACUUUGAACUGACUAAAGAGGAGAUGGCAGCCAUUUUCAGCUUAAACAGAAACUGGAGAAUCUGUGAAAUGAUCAUGUGCAAAACUCACAAGGAAUACCCAUUCAACGUGGAAUACUGAGGACAGCUUUAUCCUGAUCUCCUCCAGCCCCCUGGGGUCUAACAUGCCUUUACUGUGGCCUAGAGCUG